UGGGUGCCCAGUACACUUGCCAGCAGUGUCAGCGAGCACUCAACUCCUUCCUCUGGUGAAGUGGGUUUAGUUGGACUUAAAGGAAGGAAAAAAAUGUCUGCACUUCUGAGAAGCAUCUUCGAUAUCACUGAAAUUUUCAAUCAAUAUGCCACACAUGAUUGUGAUGGGGCAGCACUAAGCAAGAAAGACCUGAAGAACCUUCUUGAAAGAGAAUUUGGAGAUGUACUUCGGAGACCACAUGACCCUGAGACAGUAGAUCUGAUCCUGGAACUUCUGGAUCGCGACUGUAACGGGCUUGUCGAUUUCAACGAAUUCCUCCUGUUCAUUUUCAAGGUGGCUCAAGCUUGUUAUUACGCUCUCGGCCAGGCGUCGGGGCUAGAUGAGAAGGGAACCAAGUGUGAGGGGAAGGGGUACCCGUUACAAGAUCGCAGGCAAGAAGACCAAAGGAGAUUCGAGCCCCGGGAGGGAAAACUGGAAGAAGAACGCAGGCAGAAGAGGCAGGAACAGGAGAGGGAGCUCGCUGAGGAAAAAGAGCGGAGGGAGAAGCAAGAGAGACGUGAGCAGCGACUGCAAAGGCGAGAACAGGAAGAGCGUCUUGAGGAGGAAGAGCAGCUGAAGAGGCGCAAGGGUCGGGAGCCUGAAGAGUUUCCUGAUCAAGAGCAAAGGCGAGAGAGGCAGGAGCAGCGGGAGCGACAGCGCCUCGAGGAGGAGCAGCGCGAACGCCGGGAAGAAGAGCAGCUGCAAAGGCGGGAGCAGCAGGAGCUGAAGAGGGAGCACCGCGAGGAGGAGCAACAGGAAAGGCGGGAGCGGCGAGAGCAGCGCGAGAGGGUGCUGCAGGAGGAGGAGGAGGAGCUGCUGAAACGCGAGAGGCAGGAGCAGAGGGAGCGCCGGGAAGAGGAGCAGCUACGAAAGCGAGAGCUGAAGAGAGAGGAGCCGCGCUUGGAGCAGGAGAGGCGCGAGCAGGAGGAGAGGCGCGAGCAGGAGGAGAGGCGCGAGCAGCAGCUGAGGCGCGAGCAGGAGGAGAGGCGGGAGCAGGAGGAGAGGCGCCAGCAGGAGGAGAGGCGCGAGCAGCAGCUGAGGCGCGAGCAGGAGCUGGCUGAGGAGGAGGUGGAGCAGGAAGAGGCCCGUGAGCAGGGCAAGAGCCGCACCCCGAGGUGGCAGUGGCAACUAGAAAGCGAGGCCGACGCCCGUCAAAGCAAAGUCUACUCCAGGCCCCGCAGGCAGGAGGAGCAGAGGCGCCGCCAGGAGCUGUCGGCCAGGCCCCUGUGGCGGGAGCAGCGGGAGGAGCAGCUAAGGGCAGAGGAGCGCCGGCAGCGGGAACAACUGCUCCGUGAGGAGGAGGAGGAGGAGGAGCAGGAGCAGCGCCGCCAGAGACGCGAGAGGGAGCAGGAACAGCAGUUCCGCGAGGAACGGAGCCUCCAUGAGGAGCAGGAGAGGAAGCGACGCCAGGAGGAGCAGCGCCGCGACCAAAAAUGGAAGUGGCAACUAGAGGAGGAAAGCCAGAGACGCCGGCACACGUUGUACGCCAAGCCAGUUCAACGGGAGCAGCUGAGGGAGGAAGAGCAGCUGCAGCGCGAGAAGGAGCAGCUGCAGAGGGAGAAGAGGCGCCAGGAGCGGGAGAGACAAUAUCUGGAAGAGGAGGAGCAGCUGCAGAGGGAGAAGAGGCGCCAGGAGCGGGAGAGACAAUAUCUGGAAGAGGAGGAGCAGCUGCAGAGGGAGAAGAGGCGCCAACAGCGCGACAGGCAGUAUCUGGAGGAGGAGGAGGAGCUGCAGCGCCUGGACAGGAAGCGGCAAUUCCGUGAUGAGGAUCAGCGCCGAGAUCUGAAAUGGCAGUGGCAACCAGAAAAAGAAAAUGAAGUUCGCAAUAACAGAGUUUACUCCAAACGCAGAGAGAAUGAAGAAAAGAUCCGGCAACUGGAAGAUGCCCAGGUGCGGGAGAGACGAUUCCUGCAGGAUGAACAGGAAGAGGAGAGAGCAAGAGAGCAAGAGAGGAGGUGCUGGCAGCAGCGCGACAGACAAUUCCCAGCCAAAGAACUCCUGGAGCGAGAAGAGCAAAAGGAAGCCAGAAGGCGCGACAGGAAGUUCCGAGAGGAAGAGCAGCUGCUGAGAGAGGAAAGAGAAGAGAAGAGACGCCGUCAGGAGGAAGACAGAAAGUUCCGCGAGGAGGAACAGCAGCGGCGCCGCAGGGAACGCGAGCAACAGCUUCGCCAGGAGCGCGACAGAAAGUUCCGUGAGGAAGAGCAGCAGCUCCUAAAGGAAAGGGAAGAACAGCAGCUGCGCCGCCAGGAGCGCGACAGAAAGUUCCGCGAAGAGAAGGAGCUCCUAAAGGAAAGGGAAGAACAACAGCUGCGCCAGGAGCGCGACAGAAAGUUCCGUGAGGAGGAACAGCAGCUGCGCCAGGAGCGCGCCAGGAAGUUCCGUGAGGAAGAGCAGCUCCUGCAGGAAAGGGAAGAAGAGCAGCUGCGCCGCCAGGAGCGCGACAGAAAGUUCCGCGAAGAGAAGGAGCUCCUGCAGGAAAGGGAAGAACAACAGCUGCGCCAGGAGCGCGACAGAAAGUUCCGUGAGGAGCAGCAGCAGCAGCUGCGCCAGGAGCGCGCCAGGAAGUUCCGCGAGGAGGAGCAGCUCCUAAAGGAAAGGGAAGAAGAGCAGCUACGUCGCCAGGAGCGCGACAGAAAGUUCCGUGAGGAGAAAGAGCUCCUGCAGGAAAGGGAAGAAGAGCAGCUGCGCCGCCAGGAGCGCGACAGAAAGUUCUGCGAGGAGGAGCAGCUCCUGCAGGAAAGGGAAGAACAACAGCUGCGCCAGGAGCGCGACAGAAAGUUCCGUGAGGAGGAACAGCAGCUGCGCCAGGAGCGCGCCAGGAAGUUCCGUGAGGAAGAGCAGCUCCUGCAGGAAAGGGAAGAAGAGCAGCUGCGCCGCCAGGAGCGCGACAGAAAGUUCCGCGAAGAGAAGGAGCUCCUGCAGGAAAGGGAAGAACAACAGCUGCGCCAGGAGCGCGACAGAAAGUUCCGUGAGGAAGAGCAGCUCCUGCAGGAAAGGGAAGAAGAGCAGCAUCUGCGCCAGGAGCGUGACAGAAAGUUCCGUGAGGAGAAAGAGCUCCUGCAGGAAAGGGAAGAAGAGCAGCUGCGCCGCCAGGAGCGCGACAGAAAGUUCUGCGAGGAGGAGCAGCUCCUGCAGGAAAGGGAAGAACAACAGCUGCGCCAGAAGCGCGACAGAAAGUUUCGUGGGGAAGAGCAGCUCCUGCAGGAAAGGGAAGAAGAACAGCUACGUCGCCAGGAGCGCGACAGAAAGUUCCGUGAGGAGAAAGAGCUCCUGCAGGAAAGGGAAGAACAACAGCUGCGCCAGGAGCGCGCCAGGAAGUUCCGCGAGGAGGAGCAGCUCCUAAAGGAAAGGGAAGAAGAGCAGCUACGUCGCCAGGAGCGCGACAGAAAGUUCCGCGAGGAGAAAGAGCUCCUGCAGGAAAAGGAAGAGCAGCUGCGCCGCCAAGAGCGCGACAGAAAGUUCCGUGAGGAGGAACAGCAGCUGCGCCAGGAGCGCGCCAGGAAGUUCCGUGAGGAAGAGCAGCUCCUGCAGGAAAGGGAAGAAGAGCAGCUGCGCCGCCAGGAGAUCGAACAACAGCUUCGCCAGGAGCGCGACAGAAAGUUCCGUGAGGAGAAAGAGCUCCUGCAGGAAAGGGAAGAAGAGCAGUUGCGCCGCCAGGAGACCGAACAACAGCUUCGCCAGGAGCGCGACAGAAAGUUCCGUGAGGAGAAGGAGCUCCUGCAGGAAAAGGAAGAGCAGCUGCGCCGCCAAGAGCGCGACAGAAAGUUCCGUGAGGAGGAACAGCAGCUGUGUCGCCAGGCGCGCGAACAACAGCUUCGCCAGGCGCGCGACAGAAAGUUCCGCGAGGAGGAACAGCAGCUGCGCCGCCAGGAACUAGAUGGAGCCUUCUCCCAGGAGGAACAACUGAGGCGCGCAGAGCAAGAGGAAGAAGAGAGACGCCGGUGGCAGAAGGACAGGAAGUUCCUUGAGGAAGAGCAGAGCCUCCCACAGGAGCGAGAGGAAGAAAAGCGACGGCGCCAGGAGCAGGACAGGAAGUUCCGCGAGGAAGAGCAGCUGCGGCGCGAGGAGCAGGAAGAGCUGAGACGCCGGCAGGAGCGGGAGCAGCAGUUCCGGGAGCAGCAGUUCCGGGCGGAGCCGCAGUUUGCCGGCGAGGAGAAGUGGCGUCGUCAGGAACAAGAACUGCGGCAAGAAGAGCAGAGGCGCCGGCAGGAGCGGGAGAGGAAAUUCCGGCAAGAAGAACAGCUCCGCCGCCAGCAGGAGGAGGAGCAGAGGCGCCGCCAAGAGCGCGAAGCGCAGCAGAGCCGCGGCCAGGUCUGGGAGGCAGACAAGGCUCGUCGGCAGGUUCUGGAGCCCGGCAAGCGUCAGUUUGCCAGCGUCCCGGUGCGCUCCAGCCCCCUCUACGAGUACAUCCAGGAGCAGAGAUCGCAGUACCGCCCUUAGAUGCCGCCGAUACCCCGACACCUGCCAAAGCUGCUAGCAAAGGAAAGUGAGAAACGCUGAGUACCGAAUGCCUCAGAUAUUUCUGGUUGUGGGAAAGCUCUCCGUUAGAAUGUCUUUUUUUUCCAAAAUCUUCAACUUCACUGAUGUCAUCAUCUACUUUCUAUUCCUGUCUUUUAUUCUUCCUCAAGUAGUUCUUUACUGCAGGAUGUCUUUGCUCUUUGGUGCAGAUGUGGUGUGCAUUUUGAAAAACAUAUAAAUCACUUAAUUUGUUUAAGUAGUUUUGUUUGGGGAACAUGUUGAUUUUUUGCUUUCAAAAGCGACAAGAAUAAUAUGACGAUUUGAGAUUCAAACGAAUUGGGCAUUUUUUUUCAAUGGUUGAUCCAUCUUGUGGGAGUUGAGAUUUUUUAAUGUUCAAGUUGGUAUUUCUUCUUGGGCCUAAAUGACCUUAAUAUUUACCUCUAAAUAGCCUCUCAUCUUUUGUGGCAUAAUUAUUACAGAUUCUGGAGAGGACCGAAUUUUUACAACAACACUUGAACAGUGCCAGGGGAGUGACUUCUACAGAAAAACUCCCUGUGAAAUCAGCCCAUAACUGGAAGAAAUAUCUGUCAAGAAUAAAGUUUAGCUUGAAGACUUAGAAGCUGAAUCAAGAUUUUUUUUACACUUAUUUCCGUAAACACAAAAUCUCAUGAAGCAAAAGCAAGAUGUUUCUCAAACAACUCCAGAGCUCAAAUUUUAAAACUGUGUCUGCUGUAGUCUGUAGUGCUCAGUUCUCUCCCCCUAAUCUUUGAUGAGUUUGAGAAUAUUGCCUUUGUUAAUUUGAGCUGAGAGGGAACCUGCUCAGGAUCCUGUAAACAUCUAUCUUGCUCUAGGGCCAAUAAGAGAUCACAGAGAGCAUUCUGGGGGAGGGAAGGGAAAAAUCUGUGAACAGCGGAGCAAGUUCCUAGAGGCCCUUUGACAAGACCCAUCAGCCCACAAUCCUUUGAGGCCUAUUGAUACUACCUUGGAGACAUUCUUGUUAAAAUAAUUUGACUGUAUAAAAAAUUAAUAAUAAAUGUUUGGCAAACAAA